CAGGACGUUGUCACUAGUCUUUAAAAAUGCAAUCAAAAUGAUAGUCGGGAAAAUAUAUGACACCGCUGCAGCUUCCGUCACCUGAGGAGGGACCGAAUCUGACAGCGGAGAAGAGAAGUUGUUCACGCUGAACGGAAUAAAGGAAUCUUGUUCCUCGCUGCCUAAGAAAUGGCUUCACUUUCAGAAUAUGCACUGCGUAUGUCUCGUCUGAGUGCCCGGAUCUUUGGUGAAGUGGCCAGGCCUACUGAUUCAAAGUCCAGGAAAGUGGUGAAUAUGUUCAGUGAACAGCCCUUGGCCAAAAAGAAAGAGACUUAUGACUGGUAUCCAAAUCACAACACGUAUUUUGCACUCAUGGGCACACUCCGUUUCCUUGGCCUUUACAGAGAUGAGCAUCAGGAUUUUAUGGAUGAGCAAAGACGUCUAAAGAAGCUCCGUGGAAAGGGGAAACCAAGGAAAGGAGAAGGGAAAAGAGCUACAAAGAAGAAAUAGUAUCAGCUCACCAAGAAAGGAAAUUUCUUCCUCAGUGACUAAGGAAGUGUAUCUCAUUAACUUUUCACAUAUUAGAGGAAGGUGACCUUCCUCAGUAGACAUCAACCCCAUGUUUUCAUGUACUUCAGUUAAGCUGUAACUGGUUUCUUGAAGAUAUUCUAAUUCUUCAAAAUUAUAUUUACAUUGGUUUUGUAACCUGAAGUUUACCUCCUUUUCUAAUGGAAUGAAUAAACUGUUAUUUAGC